AUGUCUGCCACAGGAUUAAUCGUCUCAUACAGAUACAGCUUGAGUGGUGUUUUUCCUGAAACUCCACGAAGACCUUCAUUCCUCAACCUACACAACAAGUUAAAUACAUCAGCACCCAUUUAUCAGCAAGGUUUCACGGCAAUUCGCGCAUUAUUUUCCGGUAGAAUAGACAGGGUGGUUCAUAGUAAAAAUGGCAAGAGGAACUUUGUUGUUCACAACAGUGUUCAACCUGGAGCUCCAAUCCCUUCUGGAAACCCUUCAAAUUCUUGGACUUGCUGGUUAUUGGGAAUGGUGUUAUCGAUAGUCUUGCCAUUCUGGAGACAGGGAUUGACUCCAUUACAAGCAUUAAGAAAUAAAGUGGAUACGAUCGUAGAAACUGCUGAAUUAGUCGUUGAUGUGGUGGAGAAGGCAGCCGAGGAAGUGGAAAAGAUCGCAGACGAAGUUGCAGACAAACUUCCUGAGGGUGGACUCAAAGCUGCCGCCGUUUUGAUCGGAGAUAUCGCGGAAGAAACUGCCAAGGAUGCUCGUAUUGCUGACGACCUAAUUGACAAGGUGGAGGAGGUGCAGGAAGAGGUUGAAUCCUUCUUUGAAACAGUCACAAAUCAAGAAAAUGAGGCCCCAAAGGAAGCCAGUGAAAGUAAUUGA